AUGGCGAUCUGCAUUCACCCGUGGGCUGGCGAGACGGCGAUCCUCCCUCGUCUCCUCGACGACGUCUUCAGCGAGAUCGACGACGUUUUCAACGAGCUCGCCCAGAUUGAGCCACCAAUCCACUCUGUUACCGAUGACGGGUCAAAGCUGGCGAUUUCACUGGAUGUGUCGAAAUUCAAGCCAGAUGAACUGAAGGUGAACAUCGAUGGCCGAACUCUAACGAUUGAAGGCAAGCAAGAAAUCACUGAAGGUUCAAAUUACACCAGCAGGUCAUUCCUUCGUCGAUGGACUCUUCCAGAAGAUGUUGACGUCGAGCAGAUCCGAUCCACCCUAUCUGAGAACGGUCAGCUGGCCAUCGAGGUGCCCAAGCCGAAACCAGCCGUCACCGCCAGAACCAUCCCAAUCCAAAAGGCUGUCGAUCAGCAGUAA